AUGGACGUUUCUUAUGUCGAGAUUGACGAAAUCGGCAAUCUUGAUGCUGGAACCCAAAUUGCAGUUAAAAAGUCAGCUGAAAGUUUACAUUCAUCCUUCAGCUUCUUUUAUCCUUUCUUAAAAAAUAUGAGGUAUUACUAUCAUCAUGGCGUGUAUUUAGGCCAUUGUAAAGUGGUUCACUUCGCUGGACAAGACAGAGAAGAUGCCAGACCUCGCAAAUGUGAUAUAUUUCAAUUCUGGCAGGAUGCAAUGGAUCGUAAACUAUAUAAAGUCCAAUACAACGAUCCAAGUGUCGUGCUGUCCACCAUAUUAACGUGCCAUCGUGCGGAUGAAGUGUUGGCAAGACCUGGAACAUGGCCAGGAUUUCAAUUUGCUGAUUACAACUGUGAAUCGUUUGCGAUAUGGCUGAAGACAGGGAAAAAUAUACAUGCUUCUGAAUUAAUUAGACCAAUACUCCCUCUAGCUGUUGCUGUUGCGAGUUUCUGA